AUGAUGCCUUCACGAUCAUCUCAAGAUCAUAGUUGGUCACCCAACUACAAUCGGCACAUGGCUGAAAAUGUGUCGAAUGGAGUCACAAAUGAAGACCUGGCGAUCAAUCUAUUGCAGACACAGUUGGAGGUGUCGCUUGUGAGGGAAGAGAUUGCAAACGACCUUUGUAAACUACGACGCAGCCUCACUAGAGAGAUGGACGCCCUAAAUCAUGAAGUUGAUGAUGUUAGGGCAGGUCAACUCGAUCUAUCUAACAUGGUUGCUGAUUUGAAGAAUCAUUUUUGUUCAAUGCAAGCGUCGUAUGUCAACAUUGUUCUGGGAAAAAAGAAGUCGAAGAAAGUGAAAUGGGUCUUUGGGGUUUUUGUCGUUGUUGUUGUGGGGGUUUUAACCUACAGGUUUUUUAAAUGA